AUGAAGAUGGUUCUCAUCAAAGAAUACCGCAUAGUGUUGCCAGUCUCUGUGCAAGAGUAUCAGGUAGGACAGUUGUACUCUGUGGCUAUGGCCAGCAAGCAUGAGACGGGAGGAGGAGAAGGCAUAGAGAUACUGAAGAAUGAACCCUAUGAGGAGGAUGGAGAGAAGGGACAAUACACACAUAAAGUAUACUAUCUAAAGAGUAAAGUCCCAAGCUAUGUGAAGCUGAUUGCACCAGAGGGAGGAUUAGUUUUUCAUGAAAGGGCUUGGAAUGCCUACCCAUACUGUCGCACAAUUGUGACGAAUGAGUACAUGAAGGACAACUUUAUGAUAAAAAUUGAGACAUGGCACAAACCUGAGAUGGGAACAGUAAACAAUGUACACAAUCUGGAAGAGAACCUGUGGGAUACUGUGCAGGUGGUGCCCAUAGAUAUCGCAAACAAAGGAGAAGUAGCUCCUGGAGACUACAAGCCGGAUGAAGAUCCUGCUCUUUUCCACUCAGUCAAGACAGACAGAGGACCUCUCGGCCCUCAGUGGAAGAAUGAUCUGGCAAAGACAAACUGUCCUCACAUAUGCUCAUACAAACUGGUCACUGUCAAGUUCAAAUGGUGGGGUCUGCAGACCAAAGUGGAAAAUCUGAUCCAUAGGCAAGCAAAGCGCUUUUUCACCAACUUCCACCGGCAGCUGUUCUGCUGUAUUGACAAAUGGGUGGAUUUGACCAUGGAGGACAUCAGACGGAUGGAAGAGGAGACUUGCAGAGAGCUCGGGGAGAUGCUUCAGACGGGAGAUGUGCGAGGCACUUACGCAGCAGACGAUUAG